AUGGGGUUUCCGGUGGUGUACUCGGAGAUGCCGAGGCUGCUGCUCCACCUCCUCUUCCUGCUCGGCCACCUCCGCCGCCUCUCCUCCUGGCUGCUCCGCCUCGCCGGAGCCGAUGUCGUCGACUACUACCAAACCACCACCUUCGAUGCCUUCGCCGACGACAACCACUACCUCCACUACCACGAGCCUGCAGCCAGCUGCCAAGGCGGCCUGGAGCUGGAGGAGCACUCCCCGGCCGUGCGCUUCGACGAGCUCCCCUCCGGCGUCGCCGACACGCCGCUGCCGGAGGGCUGCGCGGUGUGCCUCGGCGACUUCCACGGCGCCGCCAGUGUGCGCCGGCCGCGCGGGUGCCGCCACGUCUUCCACCGCGGCUGCCUCGACCGCUGGGCCGCGCACGGCCAUCGCACCUGCCCGCUCUGCCGGGCGCCGCUCCUCCCGCCAGAGCAGCCAGCACCGGCGUCUCUGCUUGGUCCCGUUCUCCUGCCCAUGCCGAUGCCGCUCCCGGCGUCGUGAUUUGUUCCCACUCCGAGCAAGUUCGUUCAUGCAUGGUGCUGCUUGCAUAAUUCCGCGGUUGGUUCUUGCAAAUCCUGAGGAGAGGGUUUCGAAUCUACCGCUCCGGU